AUGUUUGGCAAAUUCACAAGAUUGUACACAAGAUCCGAACAAAUACAAGAUGAUAAAGAAGAAAAUGAAGUUGAAGAAGUUGUUAUGGAACCAUCUGAUAAUUUAAAUAAUAAUAAUGAUGAUAAUCAAUAUUCAGAAGAAGCUUAUAAAGCCGUAACUGGAAAUGAAUAUAUUGUGGGACCUACUCAUGUUCCCGAUGUUGAAAUUGAUGUUGUUCCAGAAUCCCCCCAAGUUCCACUUACAAAAGAUCAAAUUAUUGCUUUGUAUCGAGCUGCUGUACAAAAAGCAAAUCAAUUGAAAUUAUUUGACACCAAAACAAAAGAUUUUCAAAAACAAACUGAGCAUUUAGUGAAACCGUUAAAACAGGGUCAAAUGGAAGGACCUUUGUCUGGUUAUUAUUAUUAUUACUUUCCAAUAAAAAAUUUAUUAACAAAAACAAAUGAUACUGCAACUACAUCUUCAUCUGUAACUGCAUCAUCAUCAUCAUCACAUAUGCCUCAAGAAGUUGAAGAAAGUGUGACGACAACUAUAGAUCCUUCGAAUAAUGCUGUUGAACCAUUGUUCGUGGCAGUAACAAGUUUCAUUGGAUUAGCACUUGUAUUUCUUUUUUCAAUUGUUCUUGUUCCACGUUUUCACAAUAUAAAACAUUACAAUGCUGAGUUUAAAGACACUGAAGAAGAAAUUGGAAAUAUAGGUGUGAUAAUUUUGGAAAUAAUGGCUGGAAAAGACUGCAGCGAACGUGUUGCAUGUGAAAUUGUCAAAAUAUUCAGCGGUUUGAAAUCAAAUAGCAAAGCAUUAAGAAUUUUAGAGAUAAUAUUACCACACAAUUAUGCACAUCAAAUUUCAAACAUAAGAAAAGCUGCGGGAAAGCGUGGCAGGUGUUCAUAUGUUUCUUGUAAAGCCAAGAAAACUAAACCACCGGGAAAAAAUCCAAUAAAAACUUAUAAAUUAAAACCCUAUAAUGAUAAUAAUAAAAAUAAAAAAACUCCUCACGAUUUAUGGAUGAUGCAUUUUGAAAAAAAGAAACCUCCGAUUAAACAACAACAAGAGAAAAAACCACAACCAAAUCGACAUAAUAAUAAUCAGCAGAAGAAAAAACAACAACACAUAAAACCAACAACUUGGGAAAUUAAAAAAGAAUCCAUGGAAAUAGAUGAUGAUUAUCAAGAAAUAUCUUAA